AUGUCUUCUGCGAAGUACAUCUUUUCCGGCGCUGCCAUUUUGGCAGGCCUCAUAGGCGCCCAAGCCAAGCUUGACACAAGCUCCUCGAACAACGUUGCUGUCUACUGGGGACAGAACUCGUACGGUGCCUCCAGUGGUGACCUGGAACAGCAGGACCUUGCCCACUACUGCGACGACGACAACAUUGACGUUUUGAUCAUGUCUUUCGUCACCAACAUCAAUGGCCAAGGUGGUGCUCCUGAAAUCAACUUCGCUAACACCGGCAAUGCAUGCUCUACCUUCAGUGGUACCAACCUUUUGAACUGCCCUCAAGUUGGUAAGGACAUCAAGACCUGUCAGUCCAAGGGCAAGACCAUCCUCCUUUCCAUCGGCGGUGCCACCUAUAGCGAAGGUGGCUUCCAGACUCAAGAUGCUGCCGUUGCCGGAGCCAAGUUGAUCUGGGAGACCUUCGGUUCUUCCACCAACGGCACUGCCAACCGCCCAUUCGGAGAUGCCGUUGUUGAUGGAUUCGACUUUGACUUUGAAUCGACUGUUUCAAACAUGCAAUACUUCGGUAACGAGCUCCGCAGCCUCAUGGAUGCCGACACCAGCAAGAAAUACUUCUUGACCGCUGCUCCUCAGUGCGUCUACCCCGAUGCCGCCGACAACGCUAUGCUUGACGGUGCUGUUUCCUUCGAUGCCAUCUUGGUCCAAUUCUACAACAACUUCUGCGGUGUUCAGAACUACCACUCUGGCUCCAGCACCCAAACUGCCUUCAACUUUGACCAAUGGGACACCUGGGCCAAGAACACCUCCAAGAACAAGGAUGUCAAGGUCCUCCUCGGUGUUCCCGCCAACACCGGCGCUGCCGGCUCUGGAUACUUAUCUGCCUCCGACCUCAAGCCCGUCAUUGACUACUCUGCUACAUUCUCCAGCUUCGGUGGUGUUAUGACAUGGGACGCCUCUCAGGCCUACGCCAACAAUGGCUUCCUUGCUGGUGUCAAAUCUGACUUGCCCAGCGGCAACUCCACCACUUCUCGUAUCAUGCGCCGCCUUCGCCCUUACUGGUAA